AUGGAUCUAAAAUCAGAUUCUUACAUUGUUAUGAAUGAUGGAAAUAAAAUUCCAGUGAUUGGCUUUGGCACUUAUGCUUCAGAAAAUGUGAGUAUGCAGUUUAUCGAUAGAUGCACUCAGGGGGUUCUCAUUACACGUUCUUUCUUAUUACUUGUGUGUAGAUUACACAGUUUAUAGUCCUUUAUGCAUGCCGUAAUUUAGAUUUUCUAAAUAUUUUUUAAUUGCUUUUUAUUACUAGUUUGCAGGUAAUGUGUGGCUUAAUGGAAGCUUAGAUUGGUGGCAUUACUUCUCACAGAAUAUAUAUGUUACAUUUAAUAGUGUUCUGCGACAAACAGAAACAAAAAAUGGGAUCCCUAGAUGACAAUGAUCUCACUUCGAAAACACCUCUAAUAUCGGUAUAAACAAUUCUCUCUGGUAGCAUUAUUCCAACAAGUUGCACAUGGUAAAAGAGCAUUGAAAACAUGUGCAAGCCUUAAAAAGAUUAAUGGGGCACUUUAAGCACUAUAACCACUGUAAUGAUUAUGUUGCUAUGAGCCUUUGGAUGUCAUGUUCCUGUUUAUGUUAAAUGGUUUUGCAACAUUUUGGAAACAAACAGGGUUCUCAAAGAGACUAAAAUCCAGGCAUCUCUGCAUAAGCUCAGAUAAAGUGGAAAAUUCACUUCCAAAUCAUCCAUCCUGAGCAAUCAACCUCGGUUGAUUUGAGGGUAAGGUGGAUGUACAGCCCAUCCAUUCUCUUUAGGAUUCCAUUGAAUUUACAUGGUUUGUGGAUGAAAGAUUACUUUCAAGACACAUUUUCUCAUAACCAUAUCACUAUGUAACAUGCAUACCAUUUCCAGAGAAAAUAUGAUUUAUAUUGAUUGGCUUACCAGUAUGUAUAUAAUUAGGUUGUAUGUUUAACCGUUUAUACAUUCCUAGAAGGCAAGAUAAAUUGCUUUAUAAAAUAAAUAUUAAAAAUCACCCAUUUUUUGAAUAUUAAAAUGGCUCUGUCACCAUAAACUUGCCUUUCUCCCAUUGUUUCCUCUUCUCUUCCUUUUUCAGAAUCUGUUCAUAUUUUCUUAAUUUAUGAUCUAUUUCUCUUUAAAACACAAGACAAGAUAGGGACUAAUUUAUCUUAUAUAUUUUUCCUACACUUUGCAAUCUUGAUAAAGUGGGAGCUUAAAGGUUGUAGGCACUGUGUCUGCCUCAUCUCAUUAAACUGUUUAUAGUGCCUUGAGUCCUCUAUUACCAUGAUUUAUAGAAACAUAUGAUGUGACAGCAGAUAAGAACCAUUCUAGUCUGCCCAACUUUUAUGUCUAAGAUAGCCUUAUGCCUAUCCCAUGCAUACUUAAACUCCCUCACUGUUAACCUCUACCACUUCAGCUGGAAGGCAUCCACUACCCUCUGAGCAAAGUAAUACUUCCUGAAAUUAUUUUAAACCUUUGCUCCUCUAAUUUAAGACUGUCCUCUUGUUGUGGUAGUUUUGUUUCUUUUAAAUAUACUCUCCUCCUUUACUGUGUUGAUUCCCUAUAUUUAAAUGUGUCUUUCAUAUUAUUAUUAUGUUAUUUUUUAUACAGCACCAAACUUUGCAGCGCUUCACAGUGGGGGGGACAAACAGACAUGUAGUUGUAACCAGACAAGUUGAACACAGGAAUAGAGGGGUUGAGGGCCCUGCUCAAUGAGCUUACAUGCUAGAGGGAGUGGGUUAAAGUGACACAAAAAGGUAAGGAUACUAUUAGACUAGUGACAGUUGCAAAAGAUGAAUCUUAUACCCACAUUUUGUCUUUCCUCCAUGCUUUUCCACAUUUCGUCUUUACUCCAUACAUGUUAAGAUCAUUUAACCUUUCCUGGUAAGUUUUACACUUGAAUCCAUUAGGCAGUUUUGUAGUACUUCUCUGAAUUCUCUUCAAAAUAUCAAUGUCCUUCUGGAGAUACGGUCUCCAGUAUUGCAUACAAUGGUAUGAGCAUUUCCCUCUUUCUUCUGCUAAUACCUCUCCCUAUACAACCAAGCAUUCUGCUAGCAUUUCCUGCUGCUCUAUUACAUUGUCUGCCUACCUUUAAGUCAUCUGAAAUAAUUACUUCUAAAUCCCUUUCCUCGGAUGUUGAGGUUGUAUCAAAUAUUCUAUACUUGCCCUUGGGUUUUUAUGCACAAGAUGCAUUAUCUUGCACUUAUACACAUUAAAUGUCAGUUGCCACAGCUCUGACCAUUUUUCUAGUUUAACUAAAUGAUUUGCCAUUUGGCUUAUCUGUCCCAAAACAUCAACCCUGUUACAUAUCUUAGUAUCAUCAGCAAAAAGACAUACCUUACCAUCAAGACCUGCUGCAAUAUCACUAAUAAAAAUAUUAAAGAGAAUGGGUCCAAGUACAGAUCCCUGAGGUACCCCACUGGUAAAAAAAAACCUUGCUUCGAAUAUACUCCACUGACUACAACCCUCUGUUGCCUUUCACUCAGCCACUGCCUAACCCAUUCAACAAAAUUGGAAUCCAAACUCAAAGAUUGAUAAGUUUUAUUGAUUAGCCUUCUAUGUGCAACAGUGAAAAGCCUUACUGAAAUCUAGGUAAGUAAUGUCUACUGCACCACCUUGAUCUAUUAUGUUACUUAAACAAUCAAAACACUCAAUAAGAUUAGUUUGGCAUGAUCACCCGUGUGGUAUCUGAUCUUGAAAUCCAUGUGACUUUAGAUGUUCAACCAUCCUAUCCUUUAAAAUUGUUUCCAUUACUUUCCCCACUACUGAAGUAAGGCCUAUUCUUGCCCGACUUCUUCCUACUACCUUUCUUGUGAAUUGGAGCAUUAAACAGUUUUUAAUGUGUUUUUUAUGUUUAAUGUUAAGAGAGUCCCUAGCAGACCCUCUUCUCUGGGCUGCUUUGGCAAAUGAGGAAGUAUUAGCCUGAGCACCAAUGAAAAGCUGUGACUGGCUUUUAGCCUGUCAGAGCUCCAAUUGAUGGUAUGCAUGUGUAUGAAUACAAGGAAGUCUGUUAUCUCUGCCUUAGCCAUCGUCUCUAAAAGGGACCGUACUGUCAGUGGCCAGGAACCCUCAUGGAGGGACAGUACAAGGGGACUGCAGGUAGUAUAACUAAUUCAAAGAGAUGAAAUAAUUAUAGUGGCUAUAGUGUCUCUUUAAGGCAAACUUCACCGUGUGUUAGAUUGACAGAAGAACUGAAGCAUUCCUUAAGUUCCACCCUUUAUCAAGAUUGCAAAUUGUAGGAAAAUACAUAAGAGAAAGUAUUCCCUACUUUGUUUUAUGUUUUAGAGAGAACUAGACUCUGAAUGAGGAAGAGAAAUAAUAGGAGAUAAGUAAGUUCAAGGUGACGGAGUCCCUUUAAUGCUAUAUACCAUAACUUAAAUAACUCCUUGAUUAAUGUCAAUUUUUUUAAGAUUUCUUUUUCUAUAUUUAGUUUCCGAGGAACUUGAUGGAAGAUGCUACAAAGGUGGCUAUUGAAGUUGGAUAUCGCCACAUUGACUGUGCCUAUAUUUAUGGCAAUGAAGCAGAGGUUGGCAAUGCCAUAAGAGCAAAGAUUGCAGAUGGAACAGUUAGAAGAGAAAAUAUAUUCUACACUGGAAAAGUAAAUAUCUAAACAGGACUUAUUGAUUUUGAUUGACUAAAAGUGGAUCAUUAAUUUUCACUUACUUUUAACAUGUAUUACUGUUUUGAAACAUAUACACAGGGCCGUUGCGUCCAUAAGGCGGCACAGGCGGCCGCCUUAGGGCGCACUGGCCCGGGGGCGCAAAUGUCCGGGUGACCGGCAGGAGGGAAGCGCACAACUCCCCUCUCCUGCCGGUCACUUCUUGUAGCGUGGCCGAGCGCCAACCUGCAGGGCCGCGGACUGUAUGGAGGGGGCGGGGAUAUGAACGUCAUAUCCCUGCUCCCACUGAUGCACACAGCGUGGCUGGUGCCCAGCAGGGGCGGAGCUACCACCGGCCCCCUUCUAAUCAGCAUGGGAGGAAAUCCUCCCAAGAAGACUAGCGCAGCAGAAGGCAGAGAGGAGGGGGGCUGGGCAGGACCAGCUCCUCCAACUCCCAACUACCUCAGGCAGCACUCUGGAUCCCAGGUAAGCCACCCUCCUGAACCUGUUGGUCAGUGUGUCUGUGUGUGUAUCCAUGUCUGUCAGUGUGUGUGUAUCCAUGUCUGUCAGGUGUGUGUGUGUGUAUCCAUGUCUGUCAGUGUGUGUGUGUAUAUGUCUGUCAGUGUGUGUGUGUAUCUGUCUGUCAGUGUGUGUAUCCAUAUGUCUGUCAGUGUGUGUGUAUCCAUGUCUGUCAGUGUGUGUGUGUAUCCAUGUCUGUCAGGUGUGUGUGUAUCCAUGUCUGUCAGUGUGUGUGUAUCCAUGUCUGUCAGUGUGUGUGUGUAUCUGUCUGUCAGUGUGUGUGUAUCCAUGUCUGUCAGUGUGUGUGUGUAUCUAUGUCUGUCAGUGUGUGUGUAUCCAUUUCAGUGUGUGUGUAUCUAUGUCAGUGUGUGUGUAUCCAUGUCUGUCAGUGUGUGUGUGUAUCCGUGUCUGUCAGUGUGUGUGUAUGUCUCAUCUUGUUGUGUGUGUAUCCAUGUCUGUCGGUGUGUGUGUAUAUGUCUGUCAGGUGUGUGUGUGUGUAUCAUGUCUGUCAGUGUGUGUGUGUGUAUGUCUGUCAGGUGUGUGUGUAUCCAUGUCUGUCAGUGUGUGUGUGUGUGUAUGUCUGUCAGGUUGUCCAUGUCUGUCCCGGUGUGUGUGUGUGUAUAUGUCUGUCAGUGUGUGUGUGUGUAUCCAUGUCUGUCAGUGUGUGUGUGUAUCUAUGUCUGUCAGUGUGUGUGUAUCCAUUUCAGUGCAUGUGUAUCUAUGUCAGUGUGUGUGUAUCCAUGUCUGUCAGUGUGUGUGUAUGUAUGUCUCUGUCCGUGUGUCUGUGUGUAUCUAAAUGUCUGUCAGUGUGUGUAUGUCUGUUAGUGUGUAUUUGUGUAUGUCUAUCAUUGUGUAUGUGUGUAUCUGUAUGUCUGUCAGUGUGUGUAUAUGUCUGUCAGUGUGUUUGUGUAUCUAUGUCUGUCAGUGUGUGUGUAUAUGUCUGUCAGUGUGUGUAUCUAUGUCUGUCAGUGUGUGUGUGUAUGUAAAUGUCUCUGUCCGUGUGUCUGUGUGUAUCUAAAUGUCUGUCAGUGUGUGUGUGUCUGUCUUUGUGUGUUUGUGUAUGUCUAUCAUUGUGUAUGUGUGUAUCUGUAUGUCUGUCAGCGUGUCUGUAUGUCAGUGUGUGUUUAUCUGUAUGUCUGUCAGUGUUUGUGUGUAUCUGUAUAUGUGUGUCUGUCUAUCUGAAUGUGUAUCAGUUUGUGUAUAUGUAUAUCUGCAUGUGUGUCAGUGUGUGUAUCACAGUGUGUGCGUGUGUGGCAGUGUAUGUGUAUAUGUGCAUAUAUCUCAGCAUUCAAACACCAACACUAUACACAAAUAAACACCUGCAUGCAAACGUCAACACUACAUACAAAUACACCCCUGCAUUCAAAUGUCAACACUACAUUCAAACACACCUCUGUAUCAGACACCAAAAUUAUAUAUAAACACACACCUACGUUCAAAAACCAACACUACACAUAAAUGCAUGCUUGCAUUCAAAUGCAAACACUACAUACAAACACACCACUACAAUCAUACAAACAUACUCCAUACAAACACAUGCUUACAGUCAAACACACAAAUACUGCUCCAUGCUAAAUACAAUCCUGCAAGCAUGGGGAAUUGGUAGAGCCCCAGCUUUCAAAGCAUUGUUGAAGUUGCACGACAGAUGGGGAUCUAUCUUUUAGCUAUCCUGUGUACAUACACAGACCGUCAUACAGAGACAUACAGUAUGUAUGUCUCUGUAUGACUGUGUAAAUGUAUUCAAAAGGAAUAAACGCAGGCAACACUCCAAUAGUAAGGAUGGUAUAUUUAUUGAUAGGUGAACCACCCCAAAGAAAGUGCGUCGUUUCGGCUCAGCAGAGCCUUAUUGCAUGAGCUGAAACAUCACACUUUCUAUGGGGUGGUUCACCUACCAAUAAAUAUACCAUCCUUACUAUUGGAGUGUUGCCUGCGUUUAUUCCUUUUGAAAACUUUACUGGUGGAUCCAGCGAUGUCCGCCUGACACGGAGCAUCCACCACUGUUGAUGGCCGGAGCAUUUACACGGUAUCAGUGUGCAGGGUUCUUUGUUUGUCUGUGUAUGUAUGUCUCUGUAUGCCUAUCUCUAUGUUUCUUUAUGUCUGUCUGUAUUUCUGUGAGGGCCUGUGUCUGUAUGAAUGUAUGUCUGUGUUUGUAUGACAAUGUACCUGUAUGUGUAGAUUGGAUGACUGUGUUUGUUUGUGUGCCUGUUAUGACUGUGUGUCUGUAUAUCUUUGUGACUGUGUGCCUGAAAAAUUAUGUCUAUGUGCUUGUAUGGUUGUGUGUCUGUAUGUUUGUGUAUUUGUGCAUGUAUGUAUUUUUGCCUGUAUCUAUGUUUAUGUGGGAGAAAAAGAGAGAUAGAUAGGGGCUAGCGGGGAAGUAAGAAAUACAAUACAAGAGGUGUUGUAGGAGACACACUAAAGGGGGGUGUAAGGCACAAAGGGGCCAAAUGGAUAAGACAUUCAAGAGAGUGGAUAUGCAACUCUAAUGGGGGUAAGAAAUUCAAAAGGGGGCUACGAGACACAGAGGUGAAGAGGCAUUGUUUAUUUUUUUGGGGGGGGCGUCAAAAUGCAUCUUCGCCUGUGUAGUCAAAAAUCCUAGCACCGGCCCUGCAUAUACAUACCGCUCCAUAUCUUGGUAAAGUUAAAAGAAAAAGAUUAGCAAGUUUUAAGAUAUCAAUAAUAUUUAAACUUGUUUUUAAAGUUGCUUCAUUGACCUUAGAAGAUAAACUUAGCCACAAUCCUCCUGCGUCCUUUUCCUGACUGUCUGUAAAUUCAUAGUCUAAAUACAAGUACAACAUGGACUUGUAUGUUCUGUUUUGCAUUUAACAUUUCUUACAUUGUGCUCUUAUCCAGUGUGUUUUACUAUAUAUAUCUAUAUAUAUAUAUAUAUAUAUAUGUAUAUAUAUAUAUAUAUAUAUAGUGCCUUGAGUGGGUACCAUUGUUUAUAGAAACAUAUAAUGUGACGGCAGAUAAGAACCAUUCGUCCCAUCUAGUCUGCCCAAAUUUCAAAAUACUUUUAUUAGUCUUUUAUAUCUAGGAUAGUUUUAUGCCUAUCCCACGCAUAUUAACUUCCACCACUUCAGCUGGAAGGCUAUUCCAUGUAUCAAGAACAUUGAUAAUUAUACAGACUGGGGGAUGUAUAAUUAGACACUAAUAGAAAAGUAGAAGAGAACCCUGUCCCUGGGCUUUAACCUCCUACAAAGUACUAAGUAAAAACCUGCAUAAGCUUGCAAUCUAGAGCAGGGUUCUCCAAAUUCUGGCCCUCCAGAUGAUGCUGAACUACAACUUCCAUCAUUCUCUGGCUAUCCAUUUCCUAUUUCAUUCAAAGAAUUGUGGGAGUUGUAGUCCAGCAACAUCUGAAGUGCCAGGAUUUUGAAAACCCUGAUUCUAGAGCAGGGGUGCCCAAAAAGUAGGUCCCCAGAUGUUGUACGUGAGGCUUUGCAUGUCUUUAGAAUGCUAUAAUGGCAAAGCAUCAUGUAAGCUGUAGUUCUACAACACCUUUUAGGCCCCCCUGUUCAAGAGGAUAAACAUGCGUUGGGAUAAUAGGUUGUGGGGAGAAAAUCCAAUUGCUAAAGCAACAGGAAAGUACUCAUAAAUAUGCCACAUAAAGAGUACUGCUUUAUAAACAGUAUAUAGUACACUGUAUGACAAUUAUUGAAAUUAACAAGCAAUUCUUUAUAAUCACUAUCACUAAUCACAAAAUGUGAAGAAAAAAAAAAGAAAUCAGUGGCUAUAAAGCAUAGGGAUGAAAAAGUUUGACUUAUAGGAAGCAAGACAUUUUGGAGGGAUUCUGUAGAAGGGAAGGUGAUAGUGAAGAGAACAGUGACUAGUGGAAGAGAGAAGUUACAAGGUGUUUAAUCUGUAUAACUAAUUGUGUCACAUACCAAUAGUCAAAUUGAAGUUGCAUCUGGGGGAUUGGUAGAGGCCUGAGUGUUGGCUCUACUGAUGGGGCUAAGAAAAUGAAUGGGGGUAGGUUAUGAUCAGAUAUCAGUUGCAAGGGAAAGUGAGGGAUUUGGGUAGAAAGUGUUAGGGAAUGUAAAUUAAUGUAAUCAUUCUUAAAGGAUGCAACCAAACACAUAUAUGUACAAACAACAAAAUGAAUCAAUAUUAUUUAUUCACUAAAUUGAGUAUAGACUGAGCAGAUUUUUGUACUGAAAAGUUUAUUAACAAUAAAGUCCAUGAAGGGCUCGGACCUCAAAAAUAUUUAAUUGGGAGUCCAAUAAUACAUUAAAGAAGGGACUACAUCUUAAGAACCAGGUCAUAUCUGGCCAAAUGUAGCAAUAGGCAGAAACUUCGCUGGCACAUCUUACAAUUUAGCAUCAGUCAUCACAAGGAACAGCUAAUGAAAAAAAUAACUUCAUGCAUUAUUAGCAACAUGUGUUUAUGGGAAAUCACUCUGCAUAUAUGAGAUACUAUAUAUGGAAUACCCCACAGUUUAUUUACCUCUCUCCCUCUGGGGCAUUUAUGUGGACAUGUCACUUUGGUGGGUCUUUCCAAAAAGUUCAAAGACCAAUACAAAUGUCUAGUUUAAUGAAAGUAAUCUUUGUGGGGUUUUUUUGUUUUUUUUUAUUACAUUUAAAAAUAACCACCCAGAAAACCAAAUUCAAUUACAUGUGCAUUUGAUAAAUAAAACUAAUUUAAAAGCUCUUCUUAAUUAGAUACGUUUAAUAAAAGCAGGGUUGAUAAAGCUCAGCUUGAGAAACAGCUCAGCAUUUUGGCUACUAAAUUAGAAAUAACCCCUAUGGUCAAUACAUACACAAGGUGCAUGCUUCAAUUUUAGUUGUAUAUGUCUCUUGCUUUCUAGUUUAAAUUACAAUGUUAAACUAUAGUAAAACAGUCGGGCUUGUUUACAAUCUGGUCGGUAAAUAGCUGCCAUAAGAUGUCACUAUUAGCACAGGACAAUGGCAGGGAGUACCAAGGUAAGGCUGUAUGAGCAGCACAUACUUUGGUUCUAGAUUGCUAUUGUUUUUUGUUUUUUCUAUUGGCGUGUGGGGGAUUGUAAUUUUAUUGAAUGCGCCAAACUGACAGUGUACAUUCUUUACAUAAAAGUUAUACAAUGCUCCCUAGGUAAAUAUGAGCAAAGAAGGCUGUGAAAAAUUGUCUUUAUUUUUUAACCUUUUGAUCUUUAGUUUAAACACAACAAAGUUUAUAACAAAAAAAAUAAAAUAACAAAAUCUUGAGAAAAAUGCAUUUGAAGUAUAUUCCCAUUGAUAUUUUAUUUGAGUACACUAGAAACAGGAAAUUGUUCAGUCAUGACAAGGGUAAAAUUAUGAGAUAUCAAACAGGCCAAAUUCCCUUAGUCAAUAAAGAAAUUUUUUCACAGCCUACUUUGCUCAUAUUUACCAAGGAUGUCAAUGUUAGUGGAGGGCACUGCAUGUGUUGCACGAUACAUUAUACAAUGGUUCACAAACCAGUCCUCAUGGCCCAACAAUGGUCUAGGAUGUGUGUGUUUCACUUUUCCUUUUCAUUGAAGAUACGGACAAAACCUGGACUAAUGCUGCGUAAUGAGGACUGGUUUGGGACCCACUGCAUUUAAAAGGGUUACUCCAAACAGAAAACAGUGUUUCAAAAAAAAUAAUAAUUCUGUUAGAGUAACCCUUUCUGGAAUGCUCCUCGAUUUUCUCCAACUCUCUUUAAAGUAAAAAUAAAUAACAAAAGAAUGGAAAGAAGUACCUGCAACCCCCCACCAGGUCAAUCAGAGUGCUAUUGCAGGCCAAUCUCACAGUCCCUCAAAGCGAGCAUGUCAGUUCAAUGCUCUUUCAGGGCAGCCCAUGCGCAGAGCCCUGCUGAAGAGUUCUCCCAUGAGAAAAAGUCCCUGUGUGUAUUUUACGCAGCACAAGCAAAGUUAAUGACACGCUUGCAAUAAGUUUGCUUGUGACUUGUCUCUGAUGUAUCCACAAGUGGAAUACAAAAGGACAAAAGAGCCAGGAGAGCAUAUAGUACAUGUAUUUGGAGGCUGCGUGUGGGAUUAUGUGUGUUUAGAGUGAGUUGAUUCAGUGGCGGAUCCAGGGGGGGGGCAACGGGGCAAUUGCCCCCCCCGAGAAUUCCGCCGGUCUCCCUCCCCUGCCAGCCCUGCAAUGUGCCUGUGGACCGGAAGGGAGAUCACAGAUCUCCCUCCCCGGUCCGCAGGCACUGUGCUGGCGGCCGGCGGCGGAGGGAGUGAGAUAGAGGGAGGACCCGGAGCUCAGGCUACAGCUCCUCCGGGUCCUCCUCUCGUGAGAUUUGAAGCGUUGCCGCGGUUACCACAGCAACGCUCCAAAUCUCGCGAGAGUGAACUCUAGCCCGGGAGCGCGGGCUAGAGUUCACUGUAACCACUGGGACCACCAGGGAAUCACCACUGGGACCACCAGGGAAUCACCACUGGGACCACCAGGGAUAUGUCCCCCCUCCUCCCCAGUAAAGGUAAGAAGGGAGGGGGGACAUAGGAUAAUAUUUAUUUUAAUUAAAUAAAAAAUAUAUAUAUAUAUAUAAUAAAAAAAAUCCAAACACACACAUGUAUAUUGCCCCCAAUACUGCCCCCCCAAUACACACAAACUGCCCCCCCAUUCACACAAACUGCCCCCCCAGUCACACAAACUGCCCCCCCGUCACACAAACUGCCCUCCCCAUCACACAAACUGCCCUCCCCAUUCCCAUACACAAACUGCCCCCCAUACACACAUACUGCCCCCCAUACACACAUACUGCCCCCCAUUAGAAAAACACUGCCCCCAUUCACACAAACUGCCCCCCAUUCACACAAACUGCCCCCAACCCAUCCCCAUUCACACACAAACUGCCCCCAUUCACACACACAACUGCCCUCCCCAUUCCACACAAACUGCCCCCUCCCCAUUCACACAAACUGCCCCCCAUACACACACUGCUGCCCCAUGCACAUUGCCCCUACAUACACACCCCAUGCCCCUGCCCCAUGCACACACUGCCCCCACAUACACACACACACACACACACUGCCCCCACAGCUACACACACUGCCCCACACACACUGCCCCCACACACACACACACUGCCCCCACAUACACACACACUGCCCCACAUACAUACUGCCCCACAUAUACACACUGCCCCCCAUACACACACAAACUGCCCGCCAUACACACACAAACUGCCCCCACAUACACACAUUGCUCCCCCAUACACACACACAUUGCUUCCCCAUACACACACACACACACUGCCCACCCAUACACACACACACUGCCCCCCCAUACACACACACACACACUGCAUCCCUGACAUACACUGCCGCCCUCACUCACACACUACAACCUUCACACACACACUGCACCCCUUACACAUUGCACCACUCACACACACCACUGCUCCUAUGCCCUACUACAGCCCCAUUUCCCAGCAGAUCUCAGGUAAGUUGUCAAACUGUUCUUAAACGGUUUGACUACUUACUGUGGGAGGGGGUCCCGGCACUAUUGACACCAUAACCACUACACUGAGCUGUAGUGGUUAUUGUGUCUGGAUUAUUUCUUUAAAUAAUCUACAAGUGCCCCUCCCGAGAUCAGGCUCUGGAUCCGCCACUGAGUUGAUUGUGGUCUGGUGUUGUGUUUUGUAUAAAUAGGUUGGUUUCAGAUGUGUUAUGUUCAUGGUAUAAUAUGUGUGGCAGGCUUUCCCAAACUUCGGCCCUCCAGAUGUUCCUGAACUACAACUCCCAUUAUUCUUAGCCUAUCUAUUUCAUUCAUAGAUUCAUGGGAGUUGUACUUCAGCAACAUCUGGAGGGCCGGAGUUUGGGGAAGCCUGGGUUAUAGGGUGUGUAGCUAUAGGCUGUGUUUAGAGAAUGUAGUGUGUUUGUGUACAGGGAAUCUAGUAUGUGCACAGGGGAUCCAAAGUGUGUAUAGGGGAUGUGGUGUGUGUGUGUCAGAAAUGUAGUAUCGUCAGGGCCGGUGCAAAAAUAUUUGGGUACAAAGGCGAAGAUGAUGAUUGAUUCCUUCUGCUCACCAUUUCCCUUUCGCUGCCCACUUGGGAACUUCAAGACUGUUUGCAGCAUGUCUUGAGUGAUGCCGUCGAGGUCCUCUCCGCCGGCGGCGUGCCCUCUGAGAGUGGGAAACCACAUGCUAUCACCGAGGACGUGUUGAUGACUAUAAUCAAUUAUUAUUAUAAUCAUUGUACAGAGAAUCCAAAGAUGGGAGGUUUAUUUUUACAUCUAAAUAAAUCCAUGCCUAUGUAUCUAUUGAUUGAACUUUAGAACUCAUACUUUUUAUGAAUUUUAUCAUUUACAUCUGUAACUUUCUUUUUGUAGCUCUGGAACACAUUCCAUAGUCCUCAUCUGGUCAGACCAGCUCUAGAAAAAUCUCUUCAGCAGCUGCAGCUUGACUAUAUGGAUCUAUUCCUUAUUCAUUUACCAACUGGUCUCAAGGUAAGGCCUUGUAUUAGUGUAACCCUCCAGCAAUCGAACUAUAACUAUUGUGAACUUUAGCUUUGUUUCUGAUUUAUUUCCUGACAACGGAUGAGCUGUGCUAUUAUCAUAAAGGAAGUCAAAUAAGGUGAGAGAGCCAAAUGAAUGUAGUAAGCAUCAGGUAUUGUUUUGGCUUUCUUUCCUCUAACCAAGCAGUUCCCAAUCAUAGCACCGGGAACUGUACUCUACCCUGCUGGCUCUGAAGUACCGGAGGGGAGAUCAGAGAUCUCCCUCUACGGCCAGCUAGCACGUUGCUGACAGCCAGCAACGGAGGGGGGGAGGGAGAGAGGACCUGGGGGAGUUCUAAGCUGCAGUUCUACCGGGUCCUACUCUCGCAAGCUUGGAGCUCACUUUCACCAAUGAGACCACCAAGGCUUCCCUACCGGACCACCAGGGAGUAAAUGUCCCCCCCAUGCAAAAGGUAAGCGGAGGGAGAAUAUCAUUUUUAUUUUUUAUUAAAAAAAGUAUAUAUUUAUUAAUUUGCCCUCCUACCCCCACAGACCCCACAGCUCACACACACUGACCCCAUACACACACACUAUCCCCCAUACACACACUCCCCCGAUCCUUCCCCAUACACACACACACUAUCCCCUAUACACACUUAUUACCCCCCAUACACACAAUUACCCCCAUACACACACACACUACCCCCAUACACACAAUUACCACCCCAUACACACACACACACACACACACACACACUAUCCCUCAUACACACAAUUACCACCAUGCACAUACACUGCCCCCCAUACACUGGCACACACUAUCCCCCCAUACACACAAUUACCCCCCAUACACACAAGUACCCCUGUAGCGGAUCACCUGGCACCCCGACUGGGUACCUCCAUUGAAGGAUGCUCCUAGUGCUUCCUGAGGGCUCCAAGCACUCCAGCAGACACCAUAACCACCACAGACUGCUUCAGGUAGCAAACCAGGAACAAGCUCUUAUAAGAGCUUAGUGAUUAUAGCAAGAGAGUAUGACGAGCAUAGCAAUCCCUUGUAGCAGAUUCCCCCAAUAAGAGACAGGACUCUAAAUUGAGGGUGAAGUAGAACUGUUUUAAUAAGCCUCAAAGGACUUUCUUUUAUGCAAGUUCUUACACAAGGUUACCACCCACAUGGUCUUGUGGAACAGCCAAUCGAAUACAGUAUAAUACAGUCAAACACUCCCAGUUAGGACACACAAACCCUUCCCUCUGCUUGUGAUAUAAUUACUGUACACAAUGGGUUAACUUAAUUAUCACAGGCAGGAAAAUAUACAGUUUCAUACAAUAUUCAUAACGCCUAAAAUAUACAUGCAAUCUCCAUACUCCAAAUACAAACAUACUCAAAAAUCAGACAAUUCCCUCCAGUGGUUUAAAAGUAAGGUGGAAGUCCUUUUUGACCGACCGCAAGCAUGGCUUUCCUGCCCAAAACAGUUCCAUAGAUUUGGGCUGUACGGUCGGUCAAUUUUCUCUUCUAUCCUGGAGAUAAUUGGCUUAAGUAACUGUAGUAAACUCAAUUAUCUCCAGGUACAGAAAAUAUCACUUAGUCACAACUGCAACAAAACAUAUUAAAAUACAUAACUAAUAUUCUAUAGAACUGAACCCCCACAUUUGACCUAUCCCCAGAUAGCUUGGAUCUGAGCGCUCACUAUAGCCGAACAGCGCUCAGAUCCCACGAACACAGUCAAAUUGCCCUGGGGUUAAACAAUAGCAAGGGCUGAUGAGAGACCGAGGAGGGACAAAGCAGCUAGUUCCAACUGGUCUGGCAGUGUCCCUGGGACAACGCCCUGCUGGAGAACAAUGCGACAGGAAAUGGGGAAGGGGAAGAGGCACACCUUCCCAUGGAUUUAAAUGGGCAGAAAAAGUGUCCCGAAAUCCAAUAAGCCCAAACAGACUUUUUAAGUACAAUACUUCACAGGGGCUAUAGUCACAAGGCAAGAGGCUGGCAUGCAGGCCUCUCCAAGACCAAGUGGCGAGGUCACUUUCACCACAUAUCUCCCCUUUGGAGGGUAGACUAACCAGGUACCUGAGCUUCUGUCGGUCGGUGCCUGAGUAAGUCGGACAACCCAACCAAAAUAACCAAGUACAAGAAUAGCCCACACACAACAAACGGUUACUUGGAGGGCAGAGGCCAGCUGUGCUCUACCACGAUGUCAGCACUUCUGCUGGGGUAGCCUGGUUGGGACUUGGCUUGGGAGGGGAAAUAACACUUACCCCCUCCUCCUGGUAUGGCUGCGAGGGUAGUUGGGGAUCUGGACAGGCUAUACAGCCUCCCGGUCAGAUGGGUGCAGGGACUACGGUCCCAUCUGUACUGUCUGGGAGAAUAUGGUCUCCCCUUGGUAGGGUAAGCUGCCGCUGGGGAAGGUGUCAUCCUUUUCCUCCAGCAGCAGUGUGUCCAACAGGGGGCAGAGACAGUUGGUCUCUCUCCCCAGCAGCAGGACAAUUUAUUGGGAGUCUCCCUCUCCAGCGGAAGCAUGUGCUUCAGGGAGGGGAGCAUAUCGCCCUCUUUCCCCAGCGGCAGCUUACCCUACCAAGGGGAGACCAUAUAUACAUACACACAUACACACAUACUGGCAUACACACAUGCAUUCUGACAUACACACACACACAGAAAGAUAGAUAGAUAGAUAGAUAGAUAGAUAGAUAGAUAGAUAGAUAGAUAGAUAGAUAGGAAGAUAGAGGCAUACAUACUGACAUACACACACACACAGACAUACUGACAUUUAUACAUACAUACAUUGUUAUAUACACACAUACAUACUGACACAUAUAUACAUACACACAUACAUACAUAGAUAUAUACACACAUACAUACUGACACAUAUAUACAUACACACAUACAUACAUACACAUACUGACAAACAGACAUACAUGCAGACACAUACAUACAUUCUGAUAUACAUACACACAUACAGACAUACACCUCAUUUUAAAGCCAUUGUUUCUUUAAUAAUCUACCAGAACCACUCCCAAGAUUAGGUGCUUAGUAUAUGCCGAACCGCUGUACAUAUGUACUAUAAUGAUAUAAUUUAAUUAAUAAUCAGACUUGAUUUGGUCCUUUGCCCAUAAUUUUAUUUAUGGCUUUUACAUGGUGUUUCUUAGAGAAGCAAUCCUUGGUCACACACGGCCAACCCUUCCCUCCCAUAGGAUUGUUGACUAAAGUUCGGCACUUCGUCAAUUCGGUUCAGCACUUGGGAAAAUCCUAACCCUAAGCCUACCCUAACCCUACCCUAACCCACACUCCACCUAACCCUAGCUCUAACCCUAACUAUACUCCUACCCCUCACCCUACCCUAACCCUACCCCUAACCCCAAUGCUACCCUAACCCUACCCUUGUCAUCAUUCACGUAAAUUUUCCUCCCUCUCUUGUUUUGCCACUUUUCAGAAAUCCGAAGCACUUCGGCACUUCCGAAAUUCGGCACUUCGGCAAUUCCGUUUGGUUCGGCACUUCCAAAAUUCGGCACUUUGAAAAUUUUGUUCGGUUCGGCACUUCGGACAUUCAGAAGCAUCCGAAUGUCCGAUUUGCCUGAAAUUCGUCCAAAUUCACAUUCGGACCAAAAUUAAUUGCAUAUGUCUAGCUGAAACUGUGCUUGAAAUCAUCCAGUCACAGCACCAUGGGAUUACACCCUGUGUUCUCGAUGGUAGGCACCUCUCCAGGAUGUCUGGUAGAAGAUCCACUGAGUGACAGCAUAAAAGGUCCUCAGUGGUCUUUUAGGUCUUGUUUGAGAUAGAGGAAAAUUACUUAGUAAUGACUUAUUAUUUAGAUAGAUUUGUUUGAUGAUUGUUUAUUUACUUUAUGAGUAGAUUUAUUUUUAAAGUGCUUCUUCUUUAAGCCAGGUGAUGAUCUAAUGCCUGUUGAUGAAAAUGGUCAUUACAUUUUUCAUUAUACAGAUCUGCGAGAGACUUGGGAGGUGAGUUGUGGGUCUAUGUGCUUCUGUAUGUCUUGGAACGGAACAUGUGGCAUUCUGUCCUUUAAUGUCCUCAUGUUUGUGCAGAAUUAUCAUAUCAAUCAAGUUUUCUUGGACACAAAUUAUUUAUACAUAUUACAAGGCAGCCUAUAAAAAACACUGCAUUCUAGUAUGUAGAAAUCAAAGGUUGCAGGAUGAAAAUCAAGUUAUUUAUCAUUAAGCAUAUACCCAGGGAGCAAUUUUCAUAUGUUGUCCAUCAAAAUGAAGAUGUGACAUAUAUCCUGGAAGCAUGAUGGAUACUGCAACACUAGUUAUUUGAUGUUACAUCGUCAUAGGACAAACCUUUACCUCUUCUAGCAUAAUUCUGAAUAGGUCCUUAUUUACAAUAAACCAGGAAGAUUAUUUAUCUGGACACACAAUGAUGCAACAAAAAGGUGCCCAUAAAACAUAGUCACCUUCAAGUAAUUGCAUGUCUGAUGCAUAGAUCAAGUGUGUGUUGUCCUGGAUGAAGAUGUCACUCUCAGGCAGUUUGAUCAAGAAUUAUCUAUUUUGCCACACAUUACAUAUGUCCAUAAACUACUUAUACUGUCUUUUUUAUGAGUGCAUGGGAUGGGCAGUUUUUUUUUAUAUUCAAUACCACUUAUGGACAUCGAUGAUGUCUGAUCAAUUAUACUGUAAUUCCAAUGGGUAUAUAACACCAAACAUGACUGUGAUCAGUCUCUCUUGAAAUACCUUAAAAAUAGUUAUCAGGGGAUGUAGUGUCAAAAAUGUUUUUAGGAAACAACAUUAAUAUCAAAAUCUGCUUACCAUAGUCACUAAUUAAUAUAAUAAGAAGUAUUUAAAGAAGAACCAUCAGUAAAACUGGAGGGGCAUGAUCAUAACAUUAAAAUUAAAUUAAAACUACUUCACUAAGUUAAAGGUUUAAGUUAAGCUAUAAUGCUUUCAUAACAGAGGGGUUGAGGUAUAAUAUUUACUCUUUUUAAAAUUAGAAAAAACCCAGGACUAGAUUGAAUACUUUGAAAUAUGAAACAUAGUAUAUGUAAUAAAUAUACUAUACAUUUCUCUACGCGUUAAUCAUUCCACAGUUACUUUUAUAGAAUCAUGGUUUUUAGCAAAGCUGAUUUUUAAAUUGGCAGAUAUAAAGAAAAUAUUCAAGGUUAUUUACUUUGGUGAGAAUUCAAAGAGAAUUUAAAGUGAAUUUCAAAUUUAAAGUAUCACCCCGCCCCCCAAAAAUAAUUGUAUUUUAAAUAGAAUCUUUAAGAAAUACUAAUUUUGUCUUCAAUUUCAACUUCACUGAAAUUCCAACCCAGUCAAGUGAUAUACAGAGACAAAUUAGGGACUACUUUGUCUCUGUCUUUCUCCUUGCUUGGACUCAUGGACAAGUCUAAGUGUCAAUCCCAACAGCUGUCACCAGUGCUGUAGUGAAUUGGCCGUGUUUAUGGAGGAUCCUGCAGUCUUGCAGGAACCUCCAUAGACAUCAAUGCUGUACUUUUGUGCAUGCGCAAGAGUAUAGCAGUGGCAUCAGCUCCAAAGAGGAUCAAGAUGGCUGCUCCUAUGAGGGACAAGUUCAGGUAAGAAAAGCUCACUGUUACCUGCCCCCUGGGUCACAGGAACACAAGUGCGGAUCUAUACAGAGUAUACCCUGACGGUGACAGUGCUGCCUUAAAGGGACAGUAUACUCACAAGAACAACUACAGCUUCCCCUGCAGGGAAAAGGCGUUGUUUACAUUACUGCCUAGGAACACCUCUAGUGGCUCAAUGCAUCUCUAUGAGGAGAUGCUGAUUGGCCAGGCAGCAUUUCUUCCUCCGCUCCUCCCACUCCCACCCCCCCAUCACCUCCACACUUCCCCCCCCCGGCUCACCUUGUGGGGAUAUUUAUGGGAUGAUAAUAUUAAACAGUCGAGAAUUGCCCACUAUUACAAUUCUCUUAGAUCUUAGAGAUCGUUAUCAUGUAAGUGAAAUGUAUUCCAUACAAAUAAAAUCACAGUUUGUUAUAAAAAUAGAUAUAAUUUAUUUUUACAAAUUAAAUAACAAUAAUAUUAGGCAGCAUGCAUUAUAUUAAUCAGUGAAUAUUUAGUAUAACGUAAGUAUACAAUGCAAUGGCUAAACACAGUACAAUCUACAGCAUCAACUGUCAAGAUUUUAGAUUUAUGAGGGUACUUCACACACAGAAAGUAAAGCUUCACACAGCGAAUAGCCAUAAAACCUUGGCUAACAGUUAAAUCAACUGAGUAACCCUUUCAAUGCUGGCUAGAUCCUCCUAGGCAUAUAGUAUCCUAUUCUCUUGUAAUUUUCAAUUAAAAUAACAUUUGAACCAGCUCAUUAAUCAUUUCCUGGAACCAUCCAAUAAGAAUAAUCUACCAGAUUCCAUAAGCCGAAUUUUAAUUUGCCUAAAAAGAUAUCUUAUCUUAUUUAGAGCAAAUCAUUACACCUGGAUAAAAACAACGGUAUGCUAACACGUGAUACUAUCACAUUAAUAUAUAAUUAUUCUUAAUUCCACCUGCAGAAUGGAAUGUUUAUAACUAUAUAUUCUUCAGUUAACUAAGAUUUCAAAAUAUUGAAAUCUGACUGUGAUUUAUCCACUCAUAUAUCAUGCUAUUAGUAAAUUUUUUAUUAAUUUAAAUUAAUUAAAUGAAACCAGCAUAAUUACCAGUUAUGUAGGUAUUCUCAUCAGAUCAGUAGGUAAUCCCAGGAACUUGCGAGUAUGAUUGAUUGUAUGGAGGUGCGUGAGUAAUAGAGAAAAGUGAUGUUGGUUAGAAAGUAUCAGUAAAAUUCUAAGUGUCAAGGAGUGUUUCUUGAGUUGUGUCCAAGAGAGUUUGAGAGUUGAAUGUUAGUCCCAGAGAGUGUCCUGGAUCUCUGCAUGUCCAAGUCUGAAUGCCCAAACUAACCUCUCUCUUCCCUUUGUCCUAACUUUUAAAGGGCCAGACUCUCUGUACGUCAUUAGUUGAUAAGGCCAAUAGGAAACUGAAGGUGUGUUCAACCUUCAGAUCGCAAUUUAGGUAUUUGAUCCAUAGAGGGCUGUCUCGCCUUACUAAACCUUCCUAUCUAGGAAAGAGUUAACUUUUCCUGAUGACGAUUUUGAUGUCAAUUGGCGUAUCUAAAAUGAGUACCAUAACUUAAAUUUGCUGUCACUUCAAAGCGUUUGUCUCAGUCUUUGUGGCAACUACUUUGAUCGUAAUUUCUAAAAUUGACAGUUCUAAACUCAAUUUCACCCCUUACUUACAAUGGGACCUUGUAAAAUCUAGAAAGUAAAAUUAAUUACUUAGUCUUCUCUGUCACUAGUGUCUGUGUUUAAAAUUACUUCUAUUCCAUUAACAUUUAAACAGAGCAUUCCAUCCCCCUGCUUCAUUGCUUAUCACUUGGCUUGUUUAUAUAAUGCAUUCCUUAGCUCAGGCUCAGUGGUUAGUGAAAGCAAGGAAAUUGUGUGUCUGAAGAUAGCAAAAUGGAGUCUGCUCUGUUCUGAGUGACUCUGGCAGAAUACACUUUUAAUUUCUAUUUUAGCACAAAAUGUCUGCUGAUAUAAAUAUCCUGACAGCCUUCAUGGCUGAGAUCAUCAUUAUUGACAAUUUCAGCCAAGCCAAUCCAGUGAGAUCAUCACUUCUAAAUGGCGGUGAAGCCAGCACCUGUGGACCCACACAGCACUGGAAAUAACGUGAGUUUUACAGCUAUCUAGGAAGACAAGUUGGGGCCAGGGGGCUAAAUAGUUUUUUUAACACUACACGGUCAGAAAUAAACAUUUGUGUUCCUGACCUUAUAGUGGUCCUUUAAUGACAGAGUGUGAAACUGAAAGCAUAGCUCAUUUAUAAUCCAGAGAAUUAUCCAGGAUUAGAUGAUGUAAAGGGAUAUUGUAGGUUGAUGAUAGGUGUUUAGAGUCCAGAGUCCAGGCCUCAACAGGGGGAACGCCUGGUAAUAGCUUGCUCCAUUUUACAUUGUAUUAUACUUAGUGAGUGGUACUUGGGCCAGCUUUCCACCAAAGGGUACUUCCAGUUCCUGGCUAUUGAUAUUUUGACAACCAUUAAGAUGUGGAGGAUAACCGGUCUAAGGUUUCCAUUAAUCACCUUCUUAUACAUAUGUAACAAAGCCAUUCUAUGAGUCAAUGUAAAUGUUUUUUCUAAUAAAGUUGAUAGAUAAUGGUUUGUUGUCUCCCAAAGGUGCUGGAUUGCCAGGCAAUCCUACCAAAUGUGUUUAAAAUCUGUUGUUGGCUUGGAGCAUCUCCAACAAGUGGAGGAGGCUGUAGAAUAAAUAUUUUGCAAUUUUUGGAGGGUUCUAUGCCAUCUGUUUAAUAUCUUAUAAUGAGCUUCAUGCAUAUUUAAACAAUGACAAGUUUUAUAUAAUGUUGUAAGAGAAUUAUUCCAUUUUUCAUACUUAUGUUUGUUUUCAAAUCAUAAUUUCAUUUUGUAAUUGCCAGAGAAAUUGGCUUUGUCUGUGCUUUAUAGAUUAGUUUGAGACAUUUAUUGACUAAAUGGGUAUCUGCUUGUUCAGACAUUUCUGUCAAGAUCUGAACUGGAGGCUCAAGAGGGUUAAAUCUCAGAUUUUAUUUAAGAAAGAUGUUAUUUUUUUAUAUAAUUUAACCAUUCACUAGAUGGUAGGUUGUAUUCAGUUUGAAGUUGUUCCAAAGAUUUAAACAUUUUUCCUCUUAUAAGGUUAGAGAUCCUUUUCAUACCUUUAUGGAUCCAUAAUUCUAAGGUUAUAAUAUAUUUAAGUGUGUAGCUGAUAUUAUUUUCCCUUUUAUACCAAUUUUUUAUUUAAAAAGAGACCAAGCUGGAAAAAAAUGUUGGACUACUAGUGACUUUAAAGUUUUAAUAAAGUGGAUUUCUACUUUAAAAUUUUAAAAAAACAAAAAGCACUGUUACGGCGCAGACAAGAUGGCGGCCCAGCACAGGCCCCAACCAAAUGGCACAGGCAACCAGCCGCCGCACCAGCCCACAACAGCCAUGGACGGCUUUGUGAAAGCUUCUGAGCAAUACUCUGUAACCGAGGGGCGACAAAAUACCACGCGAUGAAAGAGGUGGCCGCGUGGAUCCGCCCAGCCACUAGGCGCCGCCACUAUGGAACGCUACCGCAGACUACGCCUGCUCAAAUGGUCAGUGCCCACAACACCAACACCUAGGAAACCCCUCCGGGCACGCAGGCAUGGCCUCCAGGAUGGGCAUCGGCUGAGGAAAUCCAGACUGCCACACUAUGAGGCCCGAAGCCUCUGACCCUGCACACAAAGCAGAGACUCCCUCCACAGCAUAUGUAAAUACCAGAUGAGAGACACCUUGCACCCGCUAGACGUGGGUAGAGACACUCAGCAACUGAAAAGGUCUUUGUAAAUGUAGCUUAACUUACUGCAGAACAAGGCACAGCCUCUCAACAGUACCCACCACUUGUGCCUCGCUUACAUGUUAAACUGCAUGCUUUGCCCUACUAGACCUAUAUUCAUGUUUAGAUUGUUAACCCUCUGCAACACUAGAAAAUGCUUACACACAUAGACGCACACAGCGCAAUCACUAAUAUUGACCACACAACAGAUAUACUGGUAACCAUAGAACACGAAUGAUCAAUUUGAGUCCAAGCUACUUUACUAAACAAAUGUGUGCAUGUCUUAAAUGUACUCUACUCAACCUUUUAGUUUAAUCUUGUAUAUUUUAAUGUUGCAAUAAUCGUUACAGUUUUAACCUGAUAUUAACAUAAAAAUGUGCUGUCUAAUCGCAUGCCAUGUCAAAUACAUUGUUCAAGUUUGGUCUGCUAAUGCUAUUGUGGCAUCGCAAGACAAAAUGUUAACUGUUCCUAUAUGCACAAGAAAAAUAAAAAUAAUAAAGGAUUAAAAAAAAAAUUUUUUUAAAUUUUAAAAACCCAGAGAAAUGGAUGGAACUUAAUCUUCUACCUUUAACUAAAGAAUCUAAUAUUAAUUUUAAAAAAUGGAAAACUUUGGAAAUCUCAUGGUUAGGGAAGAUAAAUACAUUAAAAGCAUAUAUCGUACCAAAAUGUUUGUAUAUUAUGAGAAAAAAUUAUAUUAGAGAGAAGAAAAAAAUAUAUAUAUAUACACAUUUGUUGUGUCACUAUUUUCUUACAAUUCUUUCUAUUUAAGUCUGUGUUAGGUGAUACUAUUACAAUCUUAGUGAUAGUCAGACACCUUUUGUAUGGUUUACAUUAUAAUGUCCUAUUUUUUUUUUAUAACUUAAUUCAUAGUGAUCAUAACUUUAUAACUUUAGGGUGAUACUGCAAUCUCUUCUUGUGAAUUUUCUCUUUUCCCUUUCUUUCCUUUUACACUCCCUUGUUCCAUUUCCAUUCUUUCCCUGUUCCCUUGUUCUUUAAUAGUAAUAAAAAUGUAAAAAAAUAAAAAAAAACAUUAUUAACAUAACAUUAUUAUUCAAUAUGUGUAUAUUUGUAAAAUUAUGUAAAAAAAAAAAAAUUGGUUGGUGCAUUGAGUGUUAUUUUAUUUAGUUUUAAAGUGGUCUGUGAUAUAAAGUGUAACCAUUAUAUAUAGUAAUAAUAUUUUCUCAUAAAGUUAUAAUUGGGUGGGUAGAUUUUUUAGAUAUAUAGUAAGAUAUUUUCCAUUCUCCUUCUUUCCUUCCCCUCCUCCCUCUAUUCCUUUUCCCCUUUCUCUUUCUUUCUUUUCUUCCUUAAUCUGGAUGAGGGACAGGAUAUGAUUGCGUUAUUUAAUUUGGAGUUAUAGAUUCCCAGGAGUUCUCCCUUUCUCUCUCUCCUUUUUCUCCCCUUUCCUUCACUUUCUUUCCUGGAAUCUGUGUCAGUCUACCAGAGCUUAUUUGUGUCCUGUCAUGAUUAGCUGAAUUCGAUUAUUUGAGGAAGACAUCAUAAAGUUUUUUUCUUUAAGCCAGCUGUCAAGUGUGUCAGGUGAUUUGGGCACAAUUGUGCUAUAAUCAUAAGAUAUGAUCAUUUUUGUUGGAUAGCCCCAUUUGCAUUUCCUUUCAGAUCUGGUAUGAAAGGACAGAUCUGGGAAAAUCUUUAUUUGUGCAUAUAGAGAAGUCAAAUGGGUAUCUCGCACCGCAUUGAUGAUUUGGUCUUUAAGUCUGGUUGAUACACAGCAUAUGGUUACAUCACGAGGCUUAGAACUGUGGAUUUGAGGGGGUUAAAGGUCUUGUGGCACCUUUCCAGGACAUUCUCAUAUCCUGAUAUAUUUCUGCCAAGUGCUUUUAUGAAAUCUAUUACAUAGGCUUCCAGCCCAUCAUGAUUAAUAGAUUCUGGAAUGUGCUUUUUUCUAUAAAUAUAGCAGUUUCAGAGAGUAGUAGAGUAGUAGAAUAAAGCAUAAAAGCCUAAAAACCGGGAACUAGGAAACAAAUGUAACUGAAUAAGUAAACUUACCUGGUAGAAUCUGGAAUCAGAUACUUCUCAGGCUCCAGUUCGUCCCAAUGGUGUCCAGGGCGGCUCCACACUCCCCCUUUAAUAAUCUGCUGACUGGACGCAAUGCAGCGGUGAGACCUGUGUGCUGGUUCACUGCCGAGCUUUCGAUGGAUGACAGGUAGUAUAUCAUAGAGAAACUGCUAUGUUUACAUUAGGGUUAAUCCAGCCUCUAGUGGCUGUCUCAUUGACAGCCACUAGAGGCGCUUGCGUGCUUCUCACUGUGAUUUUCACAGUGAGAAGACGCCAGCGUCCAUAGGAAAGCAUUGUGAAUGCUUUCCUAUGAGACUAGCUGAAUGCGCGCGCGGCUCUUGCCGCGCAUGCGCAUUCAGCCGAAGAGGAGGAGAGGAGGCGGGGAGGAGGAGGAGAGCUCCCCGCCCAACGCUGGAGAAGGAGGUAAGUUAGAGCCCUAGAGCCCAGCGGGAGGGGGACCCUGAAGGUGGGGGCACCCUCAGGGCACUAUAGUGCCAGGAAAACGAGUAUGUUUUCCUGGCACUAUAGUGGUCCUUUAAGCCUUAGGUUAUUUCUUCUGGAUCUGUUUUCCAGUUUGGUUAUCUUUUUACCCAUGUUGUCAUCUUGGUUUUUGACAGUGUCUCCCUGUUGCUGAAUAAUGGCCUUCAAUUGUGCCGUGCACACUUCAUUUUCUUGGAGUAGUUUCCUUAGGUGCUGUUGGUCUUCUUUAAUAUCUCUCCUAAUAUUAUUCAUCUCUGAUUUAGAUGUUUCUAAUUGAGAGUCAAAUGCCCUUUCCAAGAAUGCUUUAGUGAUUAUUUAAUCAUCCUUUUCUGUGUCCAGCAAAUAAUUUUUCGAGGCUGCGUCUGGCAUAUUUAAGGAUAUUUCUUCCGGAUCUCUUCUAUCCAGAUGUAUUUUAUUCAUUUUAGGGGAAAAGCAAGUGUGGCGAAAGUAACCUUGCCACUGGGUUUUGAAGAGGCCUGCUUGCCAGACUCUUGCCCUGUGACUAUGGCCCCUGGGUUGUAUUGCCUUUUAUAGAAACUAAUUGUGCAUAUUGUGACUUAGCACAAUGCCUCUUUCAAACAUGUGGCGGCGGCCAUCUUAAAUUGUCUAGCAGGGUUUUGUCGUCGAGUGUAUGGAACUGUUUUGGGCAUGGGACCAUGUGCACGGUGGGGCAAAAAUAAGACUUCCAGGAAAUUCCUGAACCCCUCAACCGAUCUGGGUGAUUUUUGGAUAUGUUGUAUUUUUGGGUACUUCUUGGGGUUUGUAAAAAUGUAUGUUUUUCUGUUUAGAGUUAAUUGAGUUAGCCCAUUGUCUUUGUUAAUUGUAUCACAGGCAGAGGGGAGGGUAUGUGUACAUUAUCUGAGAGUGUCUAACUGACUGUACAAUACUGUUUUGAUUGGUUUUGUGACUUUGUGUCCUGUGCUCCGCAAGAUCCACCUGGGUGGUGACCUUGUGGGGAAAACUGUAUAAAAGACAAUAAACCCUCAGAUCUGCUGAGUUCCUGUUUUACCCUCAACAUAGAGCCUCGUCUCAUGUGUGGUGGAAAAGGCUGCAUCAACACUGGGGGAAAGCUAUACUCUGUAUACUCCCCUGGGCUAUAAUCCCUAAGCUUUUUUAAGAGCCUGUUCCUGCUACUCUCUCUUGGAGGAGAGGUUCACCCACUGGAACCUGCAGCCUUGUCAUAGGUCCAGGGUGGGUAGAGGAUGGCAAGUUACCAGCCAAGCUGCAACGCUAGACGUGGGGACUGAGGUGCUGAUGGGGUCUGGUUCAGUGCUGAUGGUCCUUGGUAAGCACUAGGAGCAUCGAUUGACGGAGGGUCCAUUACGUCUGGUGGCAGCAGUGGGAUGGCGUCCUAGUGCAUGGAGAGGCAGCUCGGAGACACCGGUAACGUCGAGCCCCAGCCAAGCUGCAACGCUGGACAUGGGGACUGCUGUGCUGAUGGUGUCUGGUGUGGUGCUGAUGGUCCUUGGUAAGCACUUGGAGCAUCGAUUAACGGAGGGUCCAUCACAGCAAGAAAGACGUUUCUUCGGUUUAUUUUCUUGUUUCUUAUUUCUUUUGUUAGAAUUUUUUGUUUUUUUUUGGUUUGGUAGUCUUUUUGGUUGCCAUUUCAAUGUUUUAUCCAACGACAUAACGUUUAUGCUAUCUGGUUUAAUGUCUGCUUACCUCCCCCACCUAGUAUCUCUUUCUUUUAAAUAUUUUAAAUAUCUAAUAUUUAUAGAUUUUAUCUAAUUUAUAGAUUUUAUUUAUUGGUUAAUUAUUUGUCAAUUAGCUCUUUUGAGGAGCUAUAUUCUAUAAAAAAAAAUGUUUAUGUUGUUUGAAGCAGUGUCAUUAACAGGACACAAGAGAAAAACAAAAAAACAAAAAAGAACAAGAAAACAAAAAAAAACAAUGUCUCUCUCUUUCUUUUUCCCUUCUUAGAUCACAAUCUAUGCCAUGCCACAGUGGUUUUACAAAGUAGUUAGAUUAGCUAUUAGUAUAAAUUUAUAGUAUAAUAUUAUUGACCUGUGCAUUAGGUUUUACAGAGUCUCUUUCUUUUCCUUUACCUUUUUUAUAUUCCGUUCUUUCUUCUUUCCUUUCAAUUUGUCUUUGAUUGUUCGGCUCUCUUUUUUCUAGCUGGUUUAGAGUUAGACAAAUAGUAUGUUUCUCUAUAUUUUGUUGUUAGAUGAACAUAGUUGCAUUAAAGGAAAGGUAAUUUGCAAGUAAUCAGCUUAGAAAUCUAUCUUCUCAAUGGAGCCUCUGGGGCCUAUAGCCCUACUGAGAAUAUUUAUAGAUUUGUGGCAAUCAGAGUAGUAGAAUAAAGCAUAAAAGCCUAAAAACCGGGAACUAGGAAACAAAUGUAACUGAAUAAGUAAACUUACCUGGAAGAAUCUGGAAUCAGAUACUUCUCAGGCUCCAGUUCUUCCCAAUGGUGUCCAGGGUGGCUCCACACUCCCCCUUUAAUAAUCUGCUGACUGGACGCAAUGCAGCGGUGAGACCUGUUUGCUGGUUCACUGCCGAGCUUUCGAUGGAUGACAGGUAGUAGAUCUGCCUGUAUCUCUCCUCUUGUUUGCAUCUCCAUUGUUGGGUAGAGGUCAGUGUUCUCCUGCAGCAUGUUCUCCUCUACAUCCUCCGCUCUCAGUGCCACGGGCAUAGCCAUGUGUUGCAUGCUACGUCAUUGCUCCUCCUGCCAACCCACUUUAAAUUUACUUUUAAUUCUCACUUUAGUGAAUAACAUUGAUAUACUUGUCAAAUAGACCUAUAGGUUUAAUUAAUCAAGGUGCUAAAAUUUAAACUGCCCUGCAACCGCUUCCAAUCUUCUGUUUUCUCUCACCGCCAACUAGCUUUCACUUGAAAAGAGCAUUUAUUGGAACACAUUUGGGCAUUUAUAGGAGUACAUUUGUAAUAUAAAUGGUGGUUACCUGUUCUAUGAUAUUAUUUACAACCAAGACACCCACACCCACACCCACGUACUUAGGUGAAAGAGUAUAAAUAUACAAUAAAUGGAGCAAAAAAAAUGAAACCCCCCAAAUAAAUAAGAGGUCAAAUGAGUGUGUAGAUUACAUAGUGGAAUAGCGACUGAAUAUGUUUGCUUUUUUAGGCUCUGGAGGAAUGUAAAGAUGUUGGACUGGUGAAGUCCAUUGGUGUCUCCAACUUUAGUAGCAAGCAGUUGGAGCUAAUCCUUAGCAAGCCUGGACUGAAGUACAAGCCAGUUUGCAAUCAGGUAAUAGAAAUUAUUUUAUUCUUAUAGUUUUUAGGGGAUGAUAAAAUUCUCAUUUUGAAUUAUUAAUAUAUUCUUUUUAGACCACUUGUCCUUUGCCCCACUGUCAACAACCAAAGUUAUAUCUCCAUGUCCUGGUGGAAUUGGCAACUCAUUUGCGUCAGAGCCUUAUACAUUCCUCCAGUAUCAGUGAUAGUUUGCCCAAAUUCUAUCUUUGCCCAGACUAGUGAAACAAGGCUUAUGACAUAUGGUUUAUUAUAUUUAAUUGUAUAGACUUUUUCUGGAAUAAUUACCUUUUUAGAUUUUUAAUGUUGUUCACCUUAUCUCAUCUAUAAAGGCAUUAGUGUCUCAUAAGGUGAAUCUAUUGUGCUUGCUGUUUUCAUAAUAAUUAUAAAACUAAUAAUAAUCACAUUUUAAAGUACAUUUCACGUUGCGAGGAUUCAAUGCACAUUAAUAAAUUUAAAUUGUACUUUCACUAAAUCUAGCUAAUUAAUUGUUGUUAAAAUUAACUGCAGUUGCUUUUAUCAUCACAAAUAAAAGCCUUAAUUGAUGUGAAGUUUCAACUCUUUUUUGUUGCUACAGUGGAAGCAUUAUACUAUGUAUUAUAAUGUGUACAUGUGCUUGAAUUAAAAGGAUAUUUUUCUCCCUGCAGGUGGAAUGUCACAUAUACUUAAAUCAGAAAAAACUGCUUGAGUUCUGUAAGUCUCAGGAUAUUGUGCUUGUGGGGUACAGUGUAUUGGGAACCAGCAGGGAGGGGAAAUGGUGAGUUGCAGCUAAGUAUGUGAUACUUCCUCAAUGUGCCUUGUAUUAAAGGGUAACAGUGACCAAAUAACUAUUAGAAAAAAAAAGUUAAAUCAAGGAGCCCCACGUAUCAUUGGAUACCCAAGUUUUAUUCUCUUUCAGCUGGGGCCACAGUUAGAAAAAGGGAUAUGUUUGCUGAUAGAUAAGCUAUGGGCAGAGAACUUUAUAGAGCCCUUUAAAUGUUGUGCUCAGUCAUGAUAAUCCAUCUAAAUUUCUUUAAGCUCAGCCACAGUGAUUAUGAGCCUGGUUAGGUCUACAUGCAUGCCCCUUUGCCCUGUGAUUGUUGCUGGGCUUAGCCAGCUGUCCAGCACCUAUCACAGUUACAGGAGCUGCAGCAUGAGAUCUCCCUCUCAUGCUGCAAUUACACAGUACAAAGAGCUUAUAGUGUUAGCUGGGAAAUCCCUAUGCUGAUGUCAGGAGGACUUUACAUAUCUAUAGAGGGGGACCCUCUAGAUAUGUAAACUGCAAAACAUUUUGCUAGUAAACUAUACAGCACAUUUGAUCUAUUUCAGAGAAGGCUUAAAGGGAUACUCUGGGUGCCAACUCCCACUAUCCUUAACCCUGCAAGUGUAAUUACAGCAAUAAUUACCUUGCAGGGUUAAGUCCUCCUCUAGUGGCUGUCUGAUAGAGAUUUCAUGUUCUUAGAACAUGAAAAGUGUUUUAAACGGCGCUGGACAUCCUCACGCUAUGCAUGAGGACCUCCAGCAUUGCCGGAAUCAGCAAAGGGAAGCAUUCCUCUGGGGAGGUCUAAUGUGCACGCACAGCCAUUGUCGCGCAUGAGCAUUAGGUCUCCACCGCCGGCUGACGUUGGCGGGGAGGAGCAUGGACGGAGCCUGACCGAGGGACAUCGGCGCUGGAUUCAGGUAAGUCACUGAAGGGGUUUUAACCCAUGAAUACACUUUGCAGGGAAAAGGGAUAUGUUUUGCUGGCACUGGAGAGUCCCUUUAAGAUCACAUGGGGCCCUAAGCAGUUUACCCAUUUGCACCCCAACCUUCAUUCAACCUUCUUCACAUGGUUCCAACUCUCUUGCCUAAUCUCUGGGUUACCUUAUGGUUAACACUGCCCUGAUCAAUUUACUGAAAUAGCUAUGUUAGAACUAUACCAGUAUUAAUAUUUUUUUUUACCAUAUUGAUUAGAGGUAGAGGUUGAAAAAGAAUCCUAGAUAGAUCCUAUAUGAUGUUCAGAACAGACAUGAAAGGUUAGUCUGUAAGGCAAACUAGAGAGCAGUUUUUAGAGCGUAGCUGAGCGCCAUCUAGUGCUAACCAUGGGAAUUUAUAAACUGAAUCAUAAAGGACCACUAUAGUGCCAGGUAAACAAAUUUGUUAUUAGGACAACCCACCCUCAUGGCCCCCGCGGGGCUGGAGGGGUUAAAACCCCUUCAGCCAUUUACCUUUCUCCAGCGCCGGGCUCUCCUCCUCCUGCCGACGUCAUCGUCAAAUGCGCAUGCACGUCAAGAGCCGCGCGCGCAUUCAAACCGCCCAUAGGAAAGCAUUUCUCAAUGCUUUCCUAUGGACGUCCAGCCUCAUCUCACUGUGAUUUUCACAGUGAGAAUCGCGGAAGCGGCCUCUAGUGGCUGUCAGUGAGACAGCCACUGGAUGCUGGAUUAAACCUCAGUGUAAACAUAGCAGUUUCUCUUAAACUGCUAUGUUUUUAGAUGCAGGGUUAAAACUAGAGGGACCUGGCAUCCAGACCACAUCAUUGAGCUGAAGUGGUCUGGGUGCCUGUGGUGGUCCUUUAAGUAAGGCGCAACGUAGGUGUUCUGAGGGUCUUUUUAAAUAUUGGUCUUAUUAAAUACCUAUUUUACAGGAUUGACCAGAAUGCACCCAUUCUUCUUGAAGAUCCGGUGUUAAAGUCCAUCGCUAAAAAGCACAAGAAAUCCCCAGCUCAGGUGGCCUUGAGAUAUCAUCUGCAGAGGCACAUCAUAGUCUUGGCAAAGAGCUUUACUACUGCCAGGAUCAAAGAAAAUUUCCAGGUGGGAGAAUACUGUAAAGGAUUAAAAGGACACUACAGGCAUCAUAACAACCUAAUUGGCUUACCUUCAGGUGUUGUACUGUUAAUGAACAAUUUAACCACAAAGUCUUCAAUCUGGCAACUGUGAUCUUUGCCCCUUUACUUAUGUUUCAGUCCGAGGCUUCCAUCAGUAAGCUUCGGAUCUGUGCACCGUUGAUAGGCUGAGAGCUUCAGCACAUCAUUCACAAAACUGAGUGAAAAAUAUACAAACCUUUUUUGCUCCAAUUUUUUGAAUGGGGACCUACUGAUUAUCAUAUAUUGAUUAUGUAUAUCUCCAUUGUCUGAAUGGGAAGCUCUCAACCUAUCAGUAGCUCCGCUUCCUGACGCUUCAGUUAGGAUGUGUGUUAACAGUGUGUGUAUGUGCCAGUGUGUUCAUCUGUGUUUCAGUGUAUCUGUCAGUGUGUGUAUCACAGUGUGUAUGUGUCAGUGUGUUUGCUGUCAAUGUGUGCAUCUGAGAAUGUGUGUCAGUGUAUCUCCCUUUGUGUGUGUGUGCCAGUUUGUAUAUGUGCCAGUGUGUGUAUCACAGUGUGUAUAUCUUUGUACCAGUGUGUGUAUGUACCAAUAUGUAUCUGUGCAUCAGUGUAUCUGUCAGUGUGUGCAUCUGAGUGUGUGUGUGUGUGCGUGUGUGUGCAAGUGUGUGUAUCUUUGUGCCAACGGGUGUUUGUAUCUGUGUGUGUGUAUGUGCCAGUUAAUCUACCUGUAUGCGAGUGUGUCUUUAUGUGGAUCUUUGUGUCCGUGUGUGUUUAUGUGUGUAUAUGCCAGUGUGUAUGUGUGUAUCAGUGUGUGUCAGUGUAUCUGCCAGUGUUUGUAUGUGCCAUUGUGUGUAUCUGUGUGCCUGUGUGUAUAUUCAUGCCAGUGUUUGUAUCUUUGUGCCUAUGUGCCAGUGUGUGUAUCUCUGUGUAUGUGCCAGUAUGUAUUUGUGUGUAUGUCUGUCAGUGUGUGUGCAUCUUAGUGUGCAUGUAUGUGCCAGUGUGUGUCUUUGUACUGUUGUGUGUAUCUGCGUGUCAGUGUGUGUAUGUGUCAGUGUGUAUAUGACUGUGUGUAUGUGUCAAUGUGUUUGUUUGUUAAUAUGUAUGUAUAUCUGUGUAAGUGUGUAUGUGCAGACAUUCCAGCAAACACCAACACAACAUGCAAACACACCCCUGUAAACUUAAACAUGACAUACAAAGACUCCCCUGAACUCCAACUCUAAAAUUAUUACAAACACUCAAACACACCCUUCACUCAAACACCAAUACUACACACAAAUGUACAUCCACAUUUAAAAUCCAACACUACAUCCAAACACACCAUUGCACGUAAAUGCAAGCAUAACCUGUUACAAAGUAAUCACUCUGCGGGCGGCGAGCGAGGGAUCUGAGCAGAGAGCUCAGGGGAAAGUGCUCCCUCACCAGCACCGACCGCCCGAUCGGAAUUUUACUUCGCUGCCCGCCUGCCUGGACUGUUAGCCGCAAGGCUAACAAGACAUUUGCCCUGGGCAUUUGGGGGCGGCUUUUUUUGCCGCCCCCUGGAAAAUGCCGCCCAAGGCAAAUGCCUUGUUUGCCUCAUGGCUAAUACGUCCCUGAGUGUGUAUAUACAUGACAGGAUGUGUGUGUGUGUCAGUGUGUCAGAGUAUUUAUCUGAGUGUGUGUUUGUUUCAGUGUGUAUCUGAAUGUGUGUGUGUUAAUGUGUAUGUAGAUCUGUGCAAGUAUAAUUGAUUGCUGGGAUGUAUGCAUAUGCACACACACACACACAUACACUGCCGCAUACAGAUGCCAACACUACAUACAAAAUACAAACACACCCCUGCAAUCAAACUCCAAAAUUAUAUACAAAUACCCCCCUUCAUUCAAGCAUGAAUACUGCACACAAAUGUACACCUGAAUUUAAAAUCCAGCACUACAUACAAUCACACCCCUGCAUUCAAAUGCAAACACUUCACACAAAUACACCGCUGCAUUUAAAUGGCAGCAGUACAUACAAAUGUACAUGCACACAUAUACUCCAUUUAAAAACAUUCAAACGCACAAAUACUGCUCACACAUACAACCCUGCAAGGAUAGGUAAAUGGUAAAUCCCCAACUGGCAUAGCAUCGCAACAGAUAGGAAUCUACCUUUUGACUAAAAGGGGACCAAAACCAGGCCCUUAUCUUCAUUAGUAUCGCCACUGCACAUUAAACAGGUAUUUCUUAAACUGCCCCCUCCCUAGUGGAACCAUUCUAUAGGGCAAUCCCACAUAAGCGUACCUACCAAAUUAGGGAACUAUCGACAACCAGUGCACUGCACAAAACUGAAACUAAAAGCCCAAAAUUAAGAAAAUAACUUUUCUUAAUUUUGAUAUUUUUAAUGUUGAUCUUUCAGCUGAAACUGAGAAAUGGCUUUAUCUUUAACUGUAAUGAUUCAGCAGAGAAAUAUUAUUCACUUUGGUUUGUAGAGUUUUAUGGACUAAAUGUAAUUUGCUAUUUCUGUUACAAACUUAAGUUACACAUUGUGUACACUUUGUCAGGAGGGAAGGGUGUAAAACUUGACACCUUAGAUCAGGAAUAGGCAACCUUCAGCACUCCAGAUGUUUUGGACAACAUCCCCCAUAAUGCACUUACACCCGUAAUGCUAGCAAAGCAUCAUGGGAGGUGUAGUCCAAAAGAUUUGGAGUGCCGAAGGUUGCCUAUGCCUGCCUUAGAUGAUAGUUGUAUUGAGUCAUUAUCUUUAUAUACAUUUUAUAACUUUCAGGUCUUUGACUUCCAGCUGCCCCCAGAUGAUAUGGAAGCACUUGAAGGACUAAACCAAAAUCUGCGCUAUGUUCCAGCAAAAUUGUAUGCAAAUCUAAUGGAUAUUUCAAAUUCUAAUCUAUAUUACAUAGCUUUCUCUUUUGGUUGGCUACGUGAAAAUUCAUGCAGGGUUUUUUUCCUAAAGUGAGAAUUCAAAGUGAAUUUCAAAUUUAAGGUCAAAAUAGCCAAACUAGAAAAAGUCAGCUAUGCUCUCAGUUCAGCUAUUUUGGUCUUAAAUUUGAAAUUUACUUUGAAUUCUGACUUUAUGAAAUAAUCCUGGCAAUGUUAUAUCAGUAAAAAAAAAAAAAAGGACCAGCACUCCUAAGUACUUAUAAACUCCCUUCAAUGUGUACUUACAGCAGCAACAUUUGGACCCUCUAAUAAAAUAUAUGUCAAAGACACUGUUAAACAGAAUUUAUAAGUACUGAGGAGUGCUGGACCAUUUGUAAUGUAAUUGGGAUCAUUGGCUAAAUCUGUGGAUGAUUAUUGGACAAGACCAGAGGCACAGGGACACAUACUUGAAAGCUGGUCUAUUUUUUAUCUUCUUAACUAGGUUGUAUCAGUUACAUAAUUACAUAUUUACAUGCUGCCAGCAGUGCAUGUCCACUAAAAGCACUAGCAACAAGACAGCAACAGCAUCCAGUGGGGUUCAUUCACUGUUCACACCUAGCGCACCCACAAAAGGGCUAUGAAUGGAAGGACUUGUUUAUUUAUCAACAGUGGUGCCUUUGUGUAUAUUUCUGUUAUUUAUUUUGUAUAAAUUGUGGCUUUUGCUGCAGCACUACUGUUGAGAAAUGUAUGUGCUGGUUGUCCCCCUCAAAUUCCUAUUUUUCUGUGUCAACUAAUGCUUGUAGAAACUUUGGAAACACAGCAUACCACUAUGGGAUCAAACUGAAGACAUCCAUUAUCUUUUAAGCUAGUUCUAAAUUAGAAAUUCUAAAUUGUAAAAUUAUGAAAUCAGUUUCAAAUAAUUAAUUUUAAUAUCUAUAAAUAUACUGUCCUAAUUAUUUAUUAUUAUAAAUAUAUUGUUCUAAUUAUUUGUUAUGAUUGGAUGGUACCACCUGUGGUGUCAAAAUAAAAGCAUGAUUUAUGGGGAACAAAAAGAUGAUUUAUGGUUAUGGGAGAGCCAAUAAAUGUUAAUUUUAUUUAUAGAUCAAUCGAGAAGUAAUCAAUAGAAGGAAAAGGAGGAGCAGUAAAACAAAAAAAAUAUAUAUUUAUAUAUAUAUUGGGUUAUCUAAAUAGUUUUCCUGAAUAUUUUGCAUGCAUGAUAUUCAGAUGAGUCAAAGGACCCCAACGAGGAAUAUCACAUUACACAAACAUAGUUUUUUGUUUUGUUUUAUGCACAAAUUUAUUUGGCUGAAUCAAAUUUUUCUGAUGGACACAAGUCUAAUGCUUAUCGAUUAACUCAGUCCGGUGUCUUCCAAACAUUACAGUGGUGCCCCGUGCUACCACCUAAUUAAUCUUAAUAGUCUCUGUAUUUCACCAAACAAAAAUAACUACUAUGAUAGGUCUACCUAUGUUAAAAAAUAAUUAUUUACAGUAACACUCUUGAAGUGUGCAUCAUUAUGACUCAUAAUUUCUGAUAUUGAUUUCCUUAGAUUUGAGGCUCACCCAAAUUAUCCGUUCCACGAUGAAUACUAA